AUGUCAUCGGCACCUCUUCCCACACCGACGCCCGACGAACUCGAAGAUCUCAUCUACUUCUCCCGCACUGGCGACCUCGACUCCCUCAAAGACCUCAUUACCACUCUAUGUGCCAGCCACUCAUGUCCUCCGUCCGUGAUGAUCGCGUCGGCCAUUGACGUCGACGAGGAUGGUCUCGGCUCACAGUCGUCCCUGCUUCAUUACCCCGCCGCGAAUGGAAACCUCGAAGUCAUCCAAUAUCUGGUGUCGCUGCUCACGCCGUCGAAUGCAUUGGGCAAUAGUGUCGGUGCGACCACCGCGGAGAAAUCGGCGCCGCAGCUGGUGAAUCACAGGAAUGUCAAUGGGAAUACACCCAUGCAUUGGGCAGGGAUGAACGGGCAUUUGGAGGUGGUCAAAGUUUUAGUCGGGGCAGGGGCAGAUCCGGGUAUUGUGAAUGCCGCGGGCCGGGAUGCCGUGGUUGAGAGUGAGUGUAGUGCGAAAGAUGGUGCGGCUGAGUGUGCGGACUGGAUGUUGAAACACUGUGAGGGUCUACAAAGGGGCGUUGGUGUCAAUGAUACGCAAAAUGGUGAUGAAGAGGAGGUCGAGGCUGACGCGGCGGACGAAGAUAUGGAAGAUGAUGCCGUUGCAGGAGAGGAGGGAGCAGAUGGCGUAAAUGGACAACAGACGUGA